UGCUUCGUUAAGUGUAAUUUUUGGCCUCACUUUACCUGUUAUCGGCGAGAUAAUAUAUUAUGGUAGAAUAAAAACGUUUAUAUAUCCGGUUUGGUCACCUUGGAAUAUGGAUAGUUUAAUAGCCGACUUAUUCGUAUUUGCACUUCAGUUUAUCCAAGGGUCUUGGGCCCUUUGGUUCAAUUACGUUUUUAUGACGUUCUUGUUCAUCUCGGUGGCCGAAUUCACGAGACAGUAUCAAAGGCUUAUUUUCGUAGUCGAGUCGUUGGAAGUUCGAUCGUCACAGCAAGUGGUCGAAGGUGGAAGAUUUGAUGAGAUUCUCAAGCAAAAUAUUAUUCACUGUAUCAGGCAUCAUCAAAUAUUGCUCAAAAAUUUUCGAUUAUUUGAGAUUUGGUUUUCAAUGGUUUUUUCCAUAGAUCUGGCUGUUUCAGUUGUAGCAAUUACAUUUGCAUUGUACUUCGCGAUAAAUGUAUCGAGUUUGUCUCAACUUUUGAAUGGCUUUCUAGCCGUAUGUUUCAUUUCCACGAACUUUCUGAUAAGAUGCUUGAUCAGUGAAAUUUUUCCUAAUUUGAGCGAACGUCUUGCUGAAUCUCUAUUUUGGCACGGUCCAUGGCACAAAGCAAACCAAAGGAACAGAAUUAUAUUGAAAAUGUUUCAUUCGACAGCUUGUCAGCCAUUACGUUUGUAUGGGUUAUCAGUGUUCGAAGCUGGUAGAGUUACAUUUGGAAAAUUAAUGCGAGCAACAUAUUCAUUUUUCAAUGUAAUGAACCGUAAAUCGAUGAGAUAGGGUGAAUGCAGGCUAUUCUGACAAUGAUAGAAAAAAUUAAACUUUUCAUUUUACA